AUGUCUAACGAGACCGAAAAUGUUGCUGAACAUGCCAAAUGGCUCCAAACCGAAGAUUCUUCUCUUCCUAAUGACAUUUCUGAAGAAAAGCCACGAAAAUCUUCGCGAAUCGGAGAUGAAUAUCAGGCCCAAAUCCCAGAUUUUAUGACUGAAAACUAUCGUUUGCAAUCAACUUCCCAAGAUGCCAAGAUUGAUGACCAUGCCACAAAAGUUGAGUCUGGAAUGGAAAGCGGUUCAGCUGAACUAAUUUCCAUUCAAGAAUCAGUGAUUGAUGAUCAAUCUUGGAGUGAGAGCGAAAAGGGUAGUUUUCUUCUUGGUUUAUAUCUAUUUGGGAAGAAUUUUGGUCUCGUGAAUAAAUUCAUAGGAAAUAAAGGAAUACGAAAUAUACUACCAUAUUAUUAUGGGACGUUCUAUAAAACCAGCGAACACCAAAAAUGGUCGAUGUUUCAGAAGAGAAAAAACAAGAAACUCAUACCGGGCAAAAWGAUUUUCACCGGUUGGAGGCAACAGGAACUUUUCGCUCGUUUAUUUCCAUCUCUAACGAACGAAUGCAAAGCUAGUAGAAUGUACGAUAUUGAUGCACUUCCAUAUGAGAAGUAUGUGUUUACCGUAAGGGAUAAAGUGGGCAUCAACCAGUUUAUAGAAGCGGUGGCCAUCGGGAAAGAUAAGCAAGACUUAACGAUCAGAGCCAAGAAGCCUGUUGAAAAGGAGCUCCCCCCGAUUUCCUCCCUUGAAAGACAAGAAAUCGUGAAUCUUUUGAAAUAUGGAAUCGGAUUAAGCAAAGAAAGAUUGAAUGACUUAUUUUGGCAAGCUGUCUGGCCUCGUCUUUUAGCAAGAGGAUGGCAUUCUGAGGUGCCUAAAACCUAUUCGUCUCUCCAAAGCUUAACUAAAACUUUGGUGUUUAUUGUACCAGGAAUCAAGAAGUUUUCUAGAAGGGGAUUGAAGAAAGGAACCCAAUAUUAUGAAUCUUAUAUUGAUGUCCUGAAUAAGGUUACAUCUGAGCCACAGCUUCUUGAGCCUGAACCUAACCAGGUGGACCCAGAUGCGAACCAUGGUUCGGACCAUGAUGAUGUGAUGGAGUUCGUAAUUGCGGAUUCUAGUAAUGUUCAUGUAGGGGAGAUGAUGGUAACUGUGGAUGAUCUGAUGAGAAGUGAGUGGUCUGACAUCAAAGAAGACAAUAUAUCUGAAAAAUGUCUUAAUGAGGAUCUGAAUGAACAAUACAGUUUAAAACCAGAAGGGAAACGUCAUCAUCUGAAAAGAUUCAAGUCGUCAAAGACGGAUGAGAAAUCAAGUGGUGAACAUGAAGCUGUGAAAGACCCAUCUCCGGGAAAGAAGCGUCGAAGGCUCGUCAAAGCAAUUACGGAGCUGCAGCCUGAGUUAUCGAAGCCCACAAGUGGUGGUGGUAAUGCAGAUCAACGUAGAGCCAGUACACCCGAUCACCAAAUGCAAAAAAGAAAAGGUCGAUCGAGUAGUGGUGGAUCGUUGGAAGUGGUUGCUAGUACUGCAGGUUCCAAGAUCCUGGAGAAGAAGAAAAGAGGGACAAAGGAGAAGACCCCAAUGCAUAUUCUUGCAGAAACUGUUCUAGAACUUGCCACAGGUUAUGUUACAGAUGAAAAUGAUGACAGUGGGGGAUGA